CACAGUAGUAAUAGAAGUAUGAUGCUACCAUAAUCCAAGUACCACUUCCUUGUGUUCUGCAAUUGGGUUCAUAGAUCGUGCACUACGACUGUUUCUGAGAGGGAGGAUUGAAAAAUGUGAGAUGAAAGAAAAGAGGAAGAGAAUAGUCUGAUACAACAAAAAAGAGAACUAUGCGGUGUGUAUGUUCACAUGCAAAUGUGUGUGUUUGCAUUAAAAAGAGAAGAUGGUUGUGCAGAGUACGCAGGGAGGGGAGAAACAUUGUUCCUCCCUUCCUCCUACUUCCUACUGAACAGUUGUGUGUGUCUGUGGGAGGGUGGGGUGCAUGAAUAAAGGGAAGGAAGGGAAAUUAUAUUCUUACAGUACAGUACAGCACAUGCUUUUACCUCGGAUACUGAAGUAUGGAUUCUGAUGGACAGCUAUCAAGUUUUCUCUACUAGUUUAUUGCCAGUGACAGUGACUGUGAAGUGUCAUUGUCAAUCUCGCCUUUCUCAUUGUGGCCGACAGUGACAUCAACACCAUUGCUCUUGUCAGCUUGCCUGCAUCUGUGCUUGUGGAAUGAUGACUGAGCUCAGGAUAGCUAAGAAUGCCUCAUUGGAUGGACUGCUCAACAGUCCCCCCAGUAAGCCUUUCCUCAAGAGACGAUGCCUCAGUGAUACCUCGGACCUGUUUGCCAUGAUCGAGAGAAUGCAGGGUUACAGAAUGGAUGAGCAAAGAUGUGCCUUCCCUCCUCCCCUCAAAACAGAAGAGGACUACAUCCCUUAUCCCAGUGUUCAUGAGGUUCUGGGUCGCACUAGCCCUUUUCCACUCAUCCUGCUGCCCCAGUUUGGAGGCUACUGGAUAGAGGGGACAAAUCAUGAGCCUAAAGACCCACCAGAGGCUGAUCAACCCCCUUGUCCUACCUCCCACAUCAAACUGGAGACAAACAGCACUGCCAAGAUUUACAGGAAGCAUUUCAUGGGCAAGGAACACUUUAAUUAUUACACCAUGGAUGCUGCCCUGGGCCACUUGGUCUUUUCCAUGAAGUAUGAUGUCAUUGGGGAUCAGGAGCAUCUGCGCUUGAUGCUUCGCACAAAGCUAAAAACUUACCAUGAUGUGAUUCCCAUUUCCUGCCUUACCGAGUUCCCCAAUGUGGUUCAGAUGGCCAAGCUUGUUUGUGAAGAAGUAAACGUGGAUAGGUUUUAUCCUGUCCUCUACCCAAAGGCAUCAAGGCUCAUUGUCACCUUUGAUGAGCAUGUGAUCAGCAACAACUUCAAGUUUGGGGUUAUUUAUCAAAAGUUUGGCCAGACAUCAGAGGAGGAGCUGUUUGGGAACAUGGAAGAAAGUCCUGCCUUUGUUGAGUUAUUGGAGUUUCUGGGCCACAAGAUUGAGCUUCAUGACUUUAAAGGGUUUCGGGGUGGACUGGAUGUCACUCAUGGGCAGACGGGGACAGAAUCCGUCUACACAAGUUUCCAUAAUAAGGAGAUAAUGUUCCAUGUGUCCACCAAGCUGCCUUACACAGAGGGAGACUCACAGCAGCUGCAGAGGAAGAGGCACAUAGGCAACGACAUUGUAGCCAUCGUGUUCCAGGAGGAGAACACGCCCUUUGUACCAGACAUGAUCCAGUCCAACUUCUUGCAUGCGUAUGUGGUGGUGCAGGUGGAGAAUGCAUGUACGGACAAUGUCACCUACAAGGUGUCUGUGACAGCGCGGGAUGAUGUACCUUUCUUUGGGCCUGCUCUGCCUGACCCUGCCAUCUUCAAAAAGGGCCCUGAGUUCCGUGAAUUCCUCUUCACCAAGCUCAUCAAUGCAGAGUACGCCUGCUACAAGGCUGAGAAAUUUGCCAAGCUCGAGGAGCGUACACGUUCAGCCCUGUUGGAGACUCUGUAUGAGGAGCUGCAUAUAAACAGCCAGUCCAUGAUGGGUCUGGGUGGAGAUGAAGAUAAACUGGAGAAUGGGGGCGGAGGAGGAGGAGGAGGCUUCUUUGAAUCCUUUAAGCGGGUCAUCCGCAGCAGAAGCCAGUCUAUGGACGCCAUGGGCCUCAGUAACAAGAAGUCACACACAGUCUCCACUAGUCACAGUGGCAGCUUUACCCACAAUCCCGCAGAGAGCCCCAAAACCCCGGGGAUUUCAUUGCUUGUUCCAGGGAAAAGUCCCAGUAAAUAUGGACGCCGAGGCAGUGCCAUAGGGAUAGGAACAAUAGAAGAGUCAUUGAUCAUUCCUGGGAAAAGUCCAACCAGGAAAAAGUCUGGGCCCUUCAGCUCUCGUCGCAGCAGCGCCAUUGGCAUCGAGAACAUCCAGGAGGUCCAAGAGAGGAGCCGGGAGGUGUCACCCAGCACCCAGAGGACACUGGACAGCAGCCACUUUUCGCAGGAAAACAAAUCAGACAACUCCUCCAAUCACAGUUCUCCAGAAUUUCCCGCAACUAAGAACAGUUUGGCGAUGUGUUGCAGGGCAGCGUCCAUCCCCGAGGCUCAGGACCUUUCACGCUCCUCCUCCAAUGCCAGCAGCUUUGCCAGCGUAGUGGAGGAACACGAGAACGAGCACGAGGCAGAGGAGGAGUACGACACUGGACUGGAAAGUGUGUCUUGUGUUACGCCCCUCAAGAGAGACUCAUUUGUGUACAGCUCUGCGGUGGAGCACAGUGCGUGCAGUACCAGCCAGGGAAGUUUUCCAGCAGCUUCUCAUCUUCAGCAGCAACUGGACGGAGUGAAGACAUCAGAGCCAAAAGGGACAGACAGCCAGUCCAAGACGGAGCGCCCCUCGCAGGAGCACAAGUUCUCAUCGCAUUCCCAUAAGAGGCAUCUUUUGCCACAAACAAGCCAAGGGCAUGUGAACUCCACCACUGACGCAGACAAGGAGUAGAGUUAGAAGCCAGAUCAAGAGACUGACAGAUCUUCUUUUGUAUGUUUGGCAUGGAUCUGCUGCCUGUCAUGACAGACACCCAGCUCCAUGGACAUGUACCUACCUGUCGCCCUCAUUCCAGCUCUAUGUGGAACCCCUUGAAUGCUCAAGGCAAAGGAAACACACCCAUGCAGUAUACCUACUGACUGUCAUCUGGUGUCAUCAGGUGGUUUAGCAGAAUAAGUCUCGCUGCCUGCUCAUUCUUCAGGCCAGUAAGCUCUGAAACCUGAUUGUUACUGUAAACACUACAGAUCAGGAUUUGAACGGAGGUUUAAUCUUGUGACUGAAAGAGUGUUGAAAGAAAUAGAGACCGAUCAAACAACUGGUGAAACAGUGGGUCUAUAGAGAGGAGAGUUGCACUGGAGAGGAAAAUGUUUUUUUUAUGUCAACCACACAUCCCACUGUGAUAUUGUACAUGGGUUUAACUUUGAUGUACCGGGUGUGUGGCUGUCUGUCAGGCCACUUUUUGUGUUUUAUUGAUGAUCUAUUCUUCUUUGUUCUGAGUAUUCUGCAGUGGAUAUUUGUCGUGUUUGAUGACAGCUUUCAGUAAAUCUGUCAUGUUUUUGAUGGAGGGUACUUCUGUGAUGCUGUUGUUGGUGGCAGUAAUAUCACCAGUCACCUUCCUCCUAGGAGCGUGAAGGGUGAAAUAUAUGUAUCUGCAAUUUUUAAAUUCAAAAUUUUAUUGUACCACAGUAAGUCUGUAGAGAAACAGAAAUAUUUUAACAUAACUGUAGACUCUAUUGAUACUAUAUAAUAAGAGUAAAAUGCAUAAUUACUGUAGUGCCCCAACCAGCAACAUGCAUCCUCAAUCCACACUUCAAGGUAGUACUGUUUAGACCUUUGUCUCCAAAUACUCUUUGUCACACACCACUUGUUGAUUUGAUGUCUGUGUACAGGUGUGUGUAUACAACAGUACUGUGCAUGAUGUAAAUCUGCUUGCCAAAAACCUCUCCUCUGUACAUUGGUGCCAUGCUUGACAUAGGUGUUGUCCCUGUGAUCUGUGUUUUAUUGAAAACCAGCCAACAUCUCCAGAUGCAGUGCACAUUGCUGAUAGAGAGCCAAAUGCCACAGUUUUCCUACUUUAUUUGUAAAGUGUAAUAUAUGUACGUGACCUAAGCACUACGUUUUGCGUUAUUUCGAAAUACUGACCUUUUGAAAAAUAUGAUUUGUUGCUGAAUAAGACUGUGACUCGUCUUGAAGUUGCCUUCUUUAAUGAUUGUGUCACGUGAGCUGCUUGGAAGGAGGGUCAUAUUUAAAGGCACUGCGUUGCCAGCUGGCUUGAAUGUAAAACUAGGCAGGUAUGUAUUUAUUUGUACAUAUCUGUUCUAAUGAAUGGUGAUACUGUGUUGAAUUCUGACCACAGUAAACUUGUGUCUGAAACACCUCACCUCUCCUGAGCGGAGAAGCUUUUUCCUGUCUUCAGUUUGUUAUGAAGGAAAGAACUGAUACAUGGAUUUGUUUUAUUUCAGUGAUAUGAGUGAAGCGGACAUGAGAUGUAUUGUCUACAGUGAAUUAAUGACAGCAUUUACACUUUGUGAAAGUACAAUAGAGUUAAGACACUGGACCAAAUGCAACACAGCUGUUUAUACCUACAAAUCACUCAGAACAAAGUAACAUUUUGCAUUUGACUAUACUGAAAUAUGGCAUAGAAAAAAUUACAGAGAGAAUUUUUCUGUAACAAUUACACAUUUGUUUAUUACAGCCUUUUAAAUUGAUUUAUGAUGAUUUCAAAUGAUUUUCUUCUUGACUUUGGAAAUGCUUGAGUAGAUAAAGUUCGCCCUCUUGUGGCUCUGUAUUAUUAUAGCAUAUCACUAUGUGGUACCAUUCAUCUAACUAUGCUUGCACUGUAUGCCAACGGCAGGUCCAAACCUCAACAUGAUUGGGAGUGAAUCUUCUAUGUGCUUGAUUCAAAUGAUUGUAUUUUCUGUUCUUGUCAACAGUCUGCUUAAGCCCUUGUUCAAAAGAUUUGUUUGUAAAUAUUGCUUUUCAUCCUUUUUGUAAAUAAAGCCAACAAAAAUGUUUAAUAAAGAUGAAGAUGCGUACAAUA